GCGUUUCCUGUUAGAAAAACUAAACUACUACUGUCAUAUUUAAUUUGGCAAGUUUUUGAAAAUUCCAAUUUUGUUUUGAUAAUUAUUACGGCACUGGUUUAGAGAUAAACACGUACUUCUUACGCUUUAAAAAUUACAUAAAUUGUAAAAAAAUCAUAUAGGAAAAACAAUUCCACUCUAUAAAAAUAUAUUAUGCUUUUGAUUUACAUUAUAUAACCUAAGAUUGAACUGCUGUCUUAACUAAAUAAAAAUAUUAAAAUGACAGACAAUAAUAGGAGAAAUGAAAAAAAUGAAUCGGAAAUCCAUAAAGAGUCUAUUAAUACAUCCAAUACUACAGAAAGUCAAUUAGAGGAUAAGUGGAUGAUAAGGAAUUGUGACAUAUAUGAAGAUGAAUAUGACGAAUGCACAAGUUUCAGAGCUAGAUUCCAUCAGUACUUCAUAUUUGGUGAGACAUUAGAUUGUAACCAAUGGAAAAAAGAUUAUGAUAAUUGUUGUAAAUGGGAAUCGAAAAAAGAUGUUAAAGCUGCUGAAGCACUUAUAAAUAGCGAAAAAACAAGACGACUAGAAAGAUUAAAAGGACACUACAACAACAGCAUAUGGAAGAAACGCAGUGCACCACCAGCUAACUGGGAUAAGCCAUUACCAGAAUGGAUGUCAAAAAGAGAUGAGAACACAUACCUUGCGUUAAAAGCUAAAGAAUUCAGAGAAGGAAACGUGAAAGAAGAAAAAAGUUUUUGUAGCAUUAUGUGACAAAUGAUAUAGUUCAUGUGUUAGAAUUAAUAAGUAGUUAAAUUAAUUUAUUAAUAAUUAUAGUUACCAGUUACUACUUAAAAUUAAAGUAUACUUAUUUUAUAAAAUACAUAAAAUAA